CGGGGACCGGGAGGGGGGCGGUGUCGGGAGCCGCUCCUGGACGGGUGAUGCUUGGGGAGAGGGGCUGGGGCAGGCCGGACUCCAUCCCCACACAAGUUCAAAGCCUGGUGUCCCGUUUCAGAGAGGUGUCAGCCACAUCCGUGGUGCUGGUGUUGGGACUAUGUUCAGCGCACUCUGCACAGGUGCAUGGGAGAAACAGGCACCACAUGAAAUGGCAGUGCAGGAUAAUAGAGUGCCACAUCUGUGUCUGCACAUGUGGUCUUGGCCUGAUCCCACUCUGAAGUGGGUCUUCUCUGUGGUCUGUCACGGACAGCGAUGUAUCAGGUGUGUGGCCUGUCCUGUUUGUUUUCACCAGGGAAAAUCACUGAGUCUCAUCUGCGGGGCCCUCUCCUGGCUCAGAGACUUUGAGGAGAAGAAGAAGCAGGAGGAGGCACGGCUCCUGGCACUUGAGGACAAGGGACGGGAGGAGAAGCAGCCACUGACUUCUGAUGAGCCAGGACGUUCGACUAGCAAAGACUCAUCUGGGGAACCAGAUUGGAUUACGGCGUUUGUGCAGAAGAAAGAAGAACAGGAUAUGGUGAACAGGCUAAAGGAAGAGCAGAUCAGGAGGAAAAAGCGAGAAGAACGUCUUGAGAAAAUUCGCCAUAAUGUGCAGUUAAAAUACGCAGCAAAGAGGAAGAGAUCUGAGGAGGAUGAGACAAAGCGCCUUCUUCAGCUCAGCAAGGAGGCUCUUUCGGAGGGAGCUGGAGCAGAUGUUCUGGAGCAGCUGGAUCACAAUGAGGAGGAGCUGAUCCUUGCUGAAUAUGAGAGUGACGAGGAAAAGAAAGCGGCAUCUGGGCUGGAGGAAGAUGAUGAUGAUGAUUUGGAAGAAGAGCAUGUGACAAAGAUUUACUACUGCAGCCGCACGCACUCCCAGCUGUCGCAGUUUGUGCAUGAAGUACAAAAAAGUCCUUUUGGCAAAGACACGCGUCUGGUCUCUUUGGGAUCCAGGCAGAACCUGUGUGUGAAUGAGGAGGUGCACCGCUUGGGGGCUCUCCAGCUCAUCAAUGACCGCUGCAUGGAGAUGCAAAAGAACAAACAUGAAAAGAAGUCUGGUGAAGAGACGGAAGGGAAGAAGAGACGUGUGAGUCGCGCUACGUGCCCUUUUUAUUCCUAUGAACAAAUGCAGUUUCUCCGUGAUGAAGUUCUAGUGGAAGUGAAGGAUAUCGAGCAGCUGGUGGCUUUGGGAAGGGAGACCAAAGCCUGUCCAUACUAUGGGAGUCGAUACGCCAUUCCUGCUGCUCAGCUGGUGGUGCUGCCCUACCAGAUGCUCUUGCACGAGGCUACCAGGAGCGCUGCGGGGAUCAGUCUGAAGGACCAGGUUGUGAUCAUUGACGAGGCCCACAACCUCAUAGACACCAUCACCUGUAUCCAUAGCGCGGAGGUCAGCGGCUCUCAGCUGUGCUGUGCCCACUCCCAGCUGCUGCAGUACAUGGAGAGAUACAGGAAACGUUUGAAGGCAAAGAACUUGAUGUACAUUAAGCAGAUCCUGUAUUUGCUGGAGCGGUUUGUAGCCAUGCUGGGAGGAAAUGUGAACCAAAAUCCUAGCUGCCAGGCAGUUUCCCAAACAGGGACAGUGCUAAAAUCCAUCAAUGACUUCCUGUUUCAGAGCCAGAUUGAUAAUAUCAACCUCUUCAAGGUUCAGCGUUACUGUGAGAAGAGCCUCAUCAGCAGGAAGCUUUUCGGGUUUGUGGAGCGGUAUGGCAGUCCUGCCACAGCUGUGAAGACGAACAAGGAGAACCAGAGGGUGGCUGGCUUGCAGAACUUCCUUCUGACCCUCCAGCAGGGAUCCGAUAAAGAGGCCCGUACUCUCCCUCCUGUGGAGCCGGAGAACGACCAGCUCCGAACUGCCUCCCCGCUGAUGCAGAUCGAGGGAUUUCUCUCAGCCCUCACGAACGCAAACGAAGAUGGCCGAGUCAUUCUCAACAGGCAAGGCACUGUUGCUCAGAGCAGCCUCAAAUUCCUCUUGCUGAAUCCAGCUGUCCACUUUGCCAAGGUGGUGAAAGAAUGCCGAGCUGUAAUCAUUGCUGGGGGCACCAUGCAGCCGGUGGCUGAUUUCCGAGAGCAGCUGCUGUCCUGCGCCGGCGUGGACCCUGCGCGAGUCGUGGAGUUCUCCUGCGGACACGUGAUCCCUCCCGAAAACAUCUUACCUAUAAUCCUCUGCAGCGGGCCUUCCAACCAGCAGCUGGAGUUCACCUACCAGACCAGAGACCUGCCCCAGAUGAUGGAUGAGACGGGCCGAAUCCUUUGCAACCUGUGCAACGUGGUGCCGGGGGGCGUGGUGUGCUUCUUCCCCUCCUACGACUACGAGAAGCAGGUGCACGCCCACUGGGAGAAGACGGGGCUGCUCACCCGCCUGGCAGCAAAGAAGAAGAUCUUCCAGGAGCCCAAGAAGGCCAACCAGGUGGAGCAGGUGCUGGCGGAAUACGCCAAGUGCAUAAAGCGCUGCAGCCAGUCCGCAGGCCAGAUGACGGGGGCCCUGCUGCUUUCUGUAGUUGGAGGCAAAAUGAGCGAAGGGAUCAACUUCUCUGAUGACCUGGGAAGGUGUGUGAUUAUGGUGGGAAUGCCUUACCCCAACAUUAAAUCUCCAGAGCUUCAAGAAAAAAUGACUUGGCUUGACAAAACAAUGCCAAGAGCUGCUGGCCCCGCACCUAGCAGAGUGCUGAUUGAAAACCUGUGCAUGAAGGCAGUAAACCAGUCAAUAGGAAGAGCUAUUCGCCAUCAGCAGGACUUCGCGAGCAUCCUGCUCCUGGACCACAGGUACGCCCGCCCUGCCAUCUUUAACAAGCUGCCACAGUGGAUCAGGGAGAGAACCCAGGUCAAACCUGCCUUUGGAUCAGCUUUUGCAGAGUUAAGAAAGGUCAGCACAUGUAUCUUAUGCGUGGUUGUGGAAACUGCCCCACUGUAUUCAUUUGUACCUUUUGCAAAGCCUCAGUUUGGCCGUUUAGAGCGAAGGUCAGGGAUAAACUGUCUGGCUUCGUGUGUUCCUAGUUCCAUCGAGGGAAAUCAGAUGCUUUGUGAUGCAGACAGCGAAUGGGCUGCAGGUCAACUCUGCGAUGCGCGCCUUUUGAAGACCGGAAGCAACGCAGGUUCCUGCUUUUCUGUUUUAAGUAGUUUGUGAAUCUCCUUUGUGGAUGUUCGUUGUUCUGUAUGAGCGCUUGGUCUUCACCGCCACAACCAGGAGGGAAACUGGUUGUAGGACUGAGGCUGGUGAAGGUAGCAGGAGGCUCCAGGUUGUUUACAGAUGUUAAGGAUUUAUUUAAAUUGAUUAAAUAUUUUUAACCCACUUAAGCAUGGGGCUUAUAGUUAUUUUGAUCGAACACAUGGGCCUUGUCACAUCAACCACUAAGCUUAGGAGACCUGAAGACCAAAGAAAGUUUACAAUUCUUGUGGAAUGUUGUAGCUGUUAGCUCUAUGCUAACAGGCCAGUAGUUUGUGUCAUGCUGGAACUACACAGAGAGGCAGGUAAGACACAGGGUAGGUAAGGCUGCCAGUUAUUUUUUUAAUCCUCUUCUUUCUACUUUGCUUCAAGUUGGCAAUAGAUUCAAGGACUGGUUCAUUCUUUUGAGUGGAAUAAAGGUAUGGCCAUAAUGCAGC